GUGCCCGGGUGUUGGUAUACUAUUAAAUUUCAAUUUUCUUAAGCCUUCUGUGUUUAUAUUUGAUCAUUUAUGAGAUGAAAAUUGAAAAAUUCUGCACUUUUAAGGCUGAUUUUUGAGUACCAAUGGAAAAAUUCUGCACUUCUCAAUUUGAUUUUUGGGCUAUAAACUGAAAACAUGCACUUUGUAAGCUGUUUUUUUUUAGUGCAGAAUGAAAAUUCUACACUUUUCACGGCUUAUAUGUGUUAAAUUAGAAAAAAAAUCUACAUUUUUGAAAUCUGAUUUUUUGUUCUUCAUUGCUAAAAUACUUGGACUUAGCCUUCACUUUGCAGAUUUUCAGGUCCAUCGAGCACUUAAAGGAGGGAAAAAUGAUAAAAUGAUGCCGCGUAUACUUUUUUAAAUUAUCAUUCCCAUUCCAUUCUUUUGGUUGUUGCGUUACUCCCCAUCCUCUUCUCUCUUAGCUUAUUCUCUUGGUUAUAUCGUUGUUUUCUCAAUUGCAUAUCAUUUAGAUGCAUUGAGGACUAUGCAUGAUUUAAGUGUGGGAGGAGGUUCUCAUGUUUACUUCGUUUGUUUGGGGGUGUAUAUUUUUGGGCAAUUUUUUUUUCUUUGAUAGGUUUGGGGUCUAAAUAUUUUUUUAUUCUUAGUUGCAUAUCUCCUUAUUUAGAGCAUUGUUUUUAAGCAUUGACCCAAAAACUUCAAUUUUUUUUUGUGCUUUAUUCUGAAAGAUAACAAAUGUUUCUUUGUAAACUCGCCUUGAGUCUUAUGCCCAUUUUCUUGGUAAAAAAUUGACAUUCAAAAAGUUUGAAAUACUUCUACGUAUCCUUUAGAUUUUUUUCUAGAACUGGUCAUCCACAUAUUAUCUAGAUGCUGUUUUAGUCAACCUUGCUUGAUAUUAAAAUCUGAAAAAAAACAAAUUUUAAGAAUCCAGUUUUAGGAUCCUUUUUAUUUUUUUUUAUUUUUUUUAGAAAAUUGUAUGUUUUUAUCUUUUAGGCUUCUUUUUCAAUUUUUGCUACCGUUGCCAUUGAGCCUUUCUGAACUAUAGGAUUCCUUUAGGAAACUUUUUUGUGGCAACUUCAGAGCAUUUUUUUUGUAGAACCCAAAAAAUCCACACCUUAGUUUUCCAUCCAUAUAGGAUUUGUAUCUUACUUUUUCUUAAAAUCUUAAAUGUUUUGGGCAUAAAGUCUUAGGAGUGGGUUUGUAAGGUGCACUUUGUUUUUCUUGAUGAUGAUAAAAAGUUUGGUUUCUUUUUGGUGUUUUGAACGAGGAUGUUCAAGUCUUAAGUGUGGUGGUAUUUGAUAAGUCGUUUUUGGAUAUCUUAUUUUUGGAGAAAAAUAUAGCAGAAGGCCAAAAUUCAUUUCAAGUUUGGAAAAAAGAGAUUAAAUUUGGGCCGGAGCCCAAAUCUAUCAUCAAAAGAAAACCAGCCCAUACAACCUCCCUUCACUUUAUCUUCACGCAAGAAAAGAAAAAAAAGAGAAGAGCCGGCUUCUUCAUCUUCAUCGCGCAAGAGGCGGGAGACCAAGUCAAUUAACGCUCCAACGAUCGGCCAUCAAUUCCGUCAUUCAAUUGCCAACGGGAAGAAAAGCUUCGACUAUAAAUUGCGCCCAGAAUCAUCAGCUUAAAGAGGGGGGAAGCAGAGGGGAAUCACCGAGAAUAAAGCAGCGGCUCUAGCCGCUGCUAUCUACGCAGCUC